GUGCGAGGGAGGGCCGUCCGCCGCGGCAUCGUGCGGCCCUGCCGCACGCCUGGCGGGGCAGGCGUCCACGGCGGCCGCGGGACUGGAGGCCUAUGGCCGAAGCCGCGAGAGCCGAGGGCGGCGCGGUGGACGCGGAGGGCCUCAUCAGCGAGGAGGAGGGGCUCGACGGGGGCGAGUACGUGCCGUCUCCCGACGGCGCUGCCGCUGCGGCAGCCGAGCCCGAGCCGAUCGUGCCCGAGGAGGUGUACCGGAGCACGGGGUGGAACGCGCAGGGCCAGGAGCAGUGCACCUUCUACUGGAUGGCGGUGCGGGUCGCGGAGGGCCCCGAGCUGUUCGUCAGGGCGCGGCUCCUGUUCAGCGACGACGCCUACUGGGACUGGUGGGCCUCGAACGCUGGAGCGCCAGGCGCGAUCAAGGCGUCGUUCCUGCUGCACGUUUGCCGGGACGUGCCUUGCGACAUCCAGCCCCCCCGUGCGUGCGAGGAGCUGGUCCACGUGACGGACGCUGUGCGCUUGGGCCGAGAGGAGGUCGAGGCUGCCUUCGACGAGUGCCACGCGAGCAAUCCAGAGGCGGUGUGGCCCGCGCAGCUCCUUUGGCCGCGCGGGGGCGGCGGCGGACGCCCCCCUGCUCUCCGCCGCGGCGAGCGCCCGGCGCUUGCGAGAGGGCCGCCUGCCGGACCCUUCGACGAGCUCUUGGAGGGCCAGGCUCUCGCCGAGCUCGAGGCGGCGCCGUCGGGCCAGCCCGCGCUCCGCGAGGCCCUGCAGAGCAAACUGCAGGCCGCGAGGGUGCGCUUCGCCGACGCGGCGGGCCCCGCGAGGGCAGGCGCGGCUGCUGCUGCGGGCCCAGGCGCCCCCGCCUCGGCUGCCAAGCCACCGAAGCGCGGUCUCGCGGACAUCUUGGCCGAGAGGGCUGGGAAGGCCGCGAAGGUGGCUGCGGCUGCUGGAGGCGAGGGGGCCGCGGCCGCCGCGCGCGGCGCCGAGGACGGGGCGAGCGGCGGCGUGCAGCAGCUCGCCUCGGCGCUGAUGAUGGCCCUGAAGUCGAUGGCGGUGCAGGCGGCAGGCGGCGCCGAGUCCUCCGCUGGCGCAGAUCUGCUUUCGGGGGCGGACGGUGCCGACCUGCCGCGAGGGCUGCCAGCGAAGCGGGCGCACUGCAGGAAACUCGCGACGGAGUGUCCGGGCAGGCUGUCGGAGCUCACCCUCGGCGAGGUGGCGUCGUUCCUGGGCGGCCUCGAGGGGGAGACGUCGGUGGGCCCGUCGUCGGCGAUCGCGCUGCGAUACCUCCUCACAGCCUACCUGCCGCAGAAUCCGGUGGCGCAGAUCGGCUCCGAGGCCUACCGCGAGAUGCGGACGCUGUCGGAGGCGAUCGACUGCCUGCUCCAGGGCAAGACGGCGCAGACCCUGGACCUACUGACCCAGCGAUUGAAGGCGCUCCAGACCGCUGUUGGCGACGGCCACUGGCACGCGGCGAAGUGGCUCGAGCUGAUCCCUGCCCGCGACCAGCCGACGACGCUCAGGAACGAGGCGAGCUCAACGGCGUGCCGGAGCGAUUCUGGGCCGCCGCGCUCUGGGCCCAGAAUCCUGGCCGCGGCGCCCGUGGCGGCCGCGGCGGCCCCAGCGGCGUGCCGGAGCGAUUCUGGGCCGCCGCGCUCUGGGCCCAGAAUCCUGGCCGUCGGGGCUGGGGCGGCGCCGCCUGGGUCGCUGCCGCUGGAGGCGCCUGAGGCGGCGGCUACCCCUGCGGCAAGCGCCGCAGCCGCAGGCGGGGGCGCGCCGGUGGCGGCUGCUACCCCUGCGGCUGGCGCUGGCGAGGCGGCCAGUUGGCGGGCCUCGAUCGGCGUCCGCUUCGGCGCGGAGGUCUCGGAGGUCGACUUCGCGAUCCACUUGAUGCAGCUCGUGGAGUACCACCCUGGCAGCCUGGGAUCCUUCUGCAGACAGUUCUCAGCGCACGUGACCGCACUUUGCGGGAGCGGCAGACGCGUUCGCGACCUUCUGCCGCUGCCCCUACCUGAUGUUACGGCUGCCAGGCGCUGGUCGGACAGCAAAAUGAAGGGAUGUGCCCCGCGGAGUCGGCCUGUCGCGCGUCAGGCCAUGGAGGAGGCCUGGCUCAUUGUGGUGGUGGUCGGCCUCAACUACCUGUACUGCGGCCGCUGCAAGGAGGCUUGGAGGCACCACCCGCGUUUGUCGCAGGCGCAGGAGCGGUCCCUGGCUUUCUUGCGGGAGCGCGUCAUGAGCUUCGUCGGGGACCCGUUCAACCAGAUCGUCGUCCCCUCCGCGAGUGCGGCCCUGGCUGAGUCGACGGUCGACUACGCGGGUGAGCCGGUUGCGAAGGCGUUGCCCUGCGUACUCGCGGAGCUGGCCCCAGGGCUGCCUCAGGCCGAGCACGCUGCGACGCUGGAGGCGCUGGACUCCGUGGGGCCCGACGUUGCAGAAUGGCUCUCGGCGCCGGAGAAGGCCCUCCUGCCCGAGGCAGACUGGCACGCCCCUCUGCCGCGGGCGAGGGUCAACGUCGACUCCGAGGCGGGGUGGCGCGAGCUCGCGGUUCACCUCGUUGACCUCGGGAUCUUCACGGUGCUGCCCGAGGAGAGGCUCAUCCGGGUGCGGGGCGAGCUGCUUCUCAACGGCCUCUUCGUGGUCGAGAAGAAGGGUGUGCCAGGCCCUGGGGCCGCCCGCGUCACCAGGCUCAUCUUGAACAUGGUGCCAGGCAACGCUCUGCUCAAGCCGCACGUGGGCGAGGCGUCGGUGCUGGCCAGCCAGUUCGACGAGCUGGGUGCCUUCCUCGUCUGGAGGGUGCCCGCGGCCUGGCACCCGUACACGGCGGUGGGGAGGCCGCUCCCUGGCGCGUUGUUCGGGCGCCCCGAGCGCCAGGUGUACCUCGCGUCCGCCGUCAUCGCGAUGGGCUGGAUGCUGGCCGUGCCCGUCUACCAGCAUACCCACCGCAGGCUGUGCCGCCUGCCGCCGCCGUCAGGCGCGGGCUUGCCGCCUGACCUGGAGUGGCGGAAGGACGAGGCCCGCCCCACCGUCGAGGCAGGCAGCGGGCGCGAUGCCGGCUGGUGGCAGGUCUACAUCGAUGAUUUCGAUGCGCCCGAGAUUGUGGAGGAAGUGCGCGCUCGCCAGAUGAUAGGCACUGAGGCCGACCUGCAGCGGCAUGCAAGAGAAAGCUACCGGCGGGCUGGCGUUGCGUACUCGGCCGAGAAGGCGCACCUGCGCCAGCUGCGGGUCGAGCGCAUGGGCGCAGACAUCGACGGAGAGAGCGGGGGGCUUGCGGCGCCGCGGCAAAAGGUCUUGGCCACUGCGGCCCUCUGCCUCGCGACGCUGGCGCUGGAGACUGUGCCGUGGCGGGUGUGCAUGACGGUCCUCGGGAAGCUCGUGCGGGCGUUCGAGUUCAGGCGCCCGCUCUUCGGCCUGUUGAACUCCAUCUGGGCGCUCUCAGGCGCGCGCGCAGCUGUGCGCUACAACGCCGAGAUAGUGGAGGAACUGGUCCUCAGCCUCAUGCUGCUGCCUGCGGCUGCCACCUCCCUGCGCAGCCACCUCGACGGCAUGGCCGCCGUGUCGGACGCCUCGGAGUUCGGUGGCGGCGUCUGCGCGUCCACGGGCUUGAGGCUCGAGGCUCACACGGCACUCGGGGCAGCUGGUGAAGUUGCAGAUCACCUCGGAGUUGGGGCGCGGCUCCUGAACAUGCCGACGGACCCGCGGCGCCCGUGGACGACGUCGAACUUUCGCAUCUUGGCAUCAGUCGUCGUCAGAGUGCUCAACGUGCUUGUGGUGGGCCUGUUCGACGGCAUCGGGGGCCUCGCUGUGGCCUUCUCGCGGCUGCCCGUGCGGAUUGUCGCCUACGUCACGGCCGAGACGGACGCGAAGGCCAGGCGGGUGGUCAGGCUGCGCUGGCCAGGAGCGAUCGACUGGGGCGACGUCGCGCGCGUUGACGAGCGCUGCGUCGAGGACCUGGUCGCCGCCUUUGGCCAUGUCGUCGACGUCUGCGUCGCGGGCGCUGGCAGUCCAUGCCAGGGCCUGUCUCGCCUCAACGCGAGCGGAGGCGGCCUGCGAGGACGCAAAAGCUCGCUGUUCUUCGAAGUCCCGAGGAUCUUCAGCCUCCUGCGGAGGGCCUUCGGCAGGAAGCUCUACUUUCUGCUCGAGAACGUGGCCAGCAUGUCGGAGGCCAACGUCCGUGCGAUCACCGAGCGCAUGCAGGUUGUGCCCUACUUGAUCUGCUCGUCGGCCCUCGUUCCGUGCCGAAGGCCGCGGCUCUACUGGCUCAGCUGGCAGCUGCAGCUCGCGGAGCCGUGCAGCAUCGUCGACUGGGGCUUCUGCUUAGAGGUCGUUGCAGAGACGGGCGCGGCGAUUGACUUCGACUGGGAGGACGCCGGCUGGCGCUGGGACGGGCGCCCUGCCCCGUUCCCGACGCUCGUGUGCUGCAGGCCGCUGCCGAGCUUCCCGUCAGCCCCGCGUGGGCUCGCCCAGGCCACGAGCGAGGCUAGAAGCCGUUGGCAGGCCGACUCCUUUCGCUAUCAUGUUUCGCUAUACGAGGACAAAAACCUUCUGCGAUGCCUUGCGAGCGAUCGGCCUAGACGACUCCCGAGCUGCGAGGAAAGAGAGCGGUUGCUGGGAUUCGAUGUCAGCUACACCGCCGCAGCCACGAAAGGCUCGAACCCGAUCGACGCGGCGGACGCCAGGUGUUUCCUCCUCGGCAACAGCUUCAGCGUGCACGCUGUGGCAUGGGCUUCGCAGCGCGUCCUCCUGGCGGAAGGGGCUCUAGAGCGGCCCUUCACGGUCGAGGAGCUGGCGCACGUGGGCCAGUGCCGCGAGACCUGGGACCAGUGCGGGACCUUCGAGGACAGCGCGGGCAUCCCGGACACCCAAGAGGCGAGGUCCCUGGUCCUGCACUACCUCAGCCGGGCGGAAAUGGGCGGCUCGGACAUCCGCCUCGACUGCGGCCUGCCCUACCGUGCAAGAGGUUGGCCGAGGUCGAGCCUGGGCCCUUUCGUGUGGCGUUGGCGAGUCGUCCUGAGCAUGGCGUGGCCGCGGGAGAGGCGCGCGCACAUCAACGUGCGCGAGCUGCAGGCGACGCUGGCGGCGCUGCGCUGGAGGGCGAAGUCAGCGCGGCACGGCUCGCGCUGGUUGCACCUCGUGGACAGCCAAGUGGUCGCGGCCAUCGUCACCAAGGGCCGCAGCAGCAGCCGCCGCCUGCAGCCGGCUCUCAAGCGCUGGUUGGCCAUGGCGAUAGCGGCGGACAUGUGCCCUCUGAUCGGCUACGUUGUCUCAGAGGAUAACCCCGCAGACGAGCAGUCGAGGAAGCUGCGGAGAUAUGCCGCUGCGGUCCGAGAGCUCCUGAGGCGCUACGAGGUGAGCCCCCAGGAUAUCGGGGCCCUCGGCGACGACGGGGAGGAUGCCGACAGCCUCGUCGCCAACUUCCUUGAGGCAAAGUGGAGCGAGGGAGCUGGCAUCGCGCUCGCCAACAACACUGUGGCGGGCGUGAUCUUUGCGGUGCCCAGGCUGCGGCGGCGCCUGGACCUCUCCUGGGCGCUGCUGAAGGCGUGGCGCCGCGCCGAGCCUGCAGGCCGGGUGCUGCCGUUCACGCCCGAGAUUGUGGGGGCCAUGGCUGGCCUGGCAGCGGAGGCGGCGGCGUUCGACGUGGGCGCCUUGCUCCUCAUCGGCUUCGAGGGCAUGCUGCGCGGCGGCGAGGCCUUCGCCCUCCGCGGGCAGGAUGUGAUGGAUCGAGGCGAAGUCAUCGUCCUCCGGAUCAACACGUCCAAGACGACGGCGGGCAAAGAUGGCGCCGAGGCCGUGGUCAUCCGCUCGCGGGUCGCAAAGGAGAUGCUGCGGCUGGUUGUGCGGCAUCGGCGCGCCGACGAGCCUCUGUCGUGGCGGUCGCCCGCGCAGCUGAGGAGCGCGCUGGCGGCCCUGGCGCGCGGGCUGCUGCUGCCAGGCCCGUUCUCGUGGCAUUCGUGCCGCCGCGGAGGCGCUUCCGACUUUUUCCUGAAGUCGUCUUCGAUGGAGGCCACGCUCGUCGCGGGCCGCUGGGCGUCAUCGAUGACGGCGCGGCUCUACGUGGAGGGCGCCGUCGCCGACUUGGUGAAGGUGCGGCCCCAGGACCAGGCCGCCUCAGCCGUGCAGUACGGCUGA